AUGGGGGAUGCGUUUGAGAAUGAUGAUACGGAUGGGAAUGAUGAUACGGGUGCUUGCGAGCAAAUUCGAAACUUAUUGAGAGUUAAAAAAAUCGUUCACUAUUGCAGGGUGCUUGCGAACUUAUUGAGUAAUUUUUGCAUCCCUGAGGAUGUUAAGCUAAUGGGGGAUGCGGUUGGGAAUGAUGAUGCUGUUGGGGAUGAUGGUGUUUCAAUUGCCUCAAGUCUCACUGGCAUGGAAAGAAAUGAGUGUAUCGACAUUAUGAAUGAGUGCAGAUCUAAGGGUGCUGGUGCUUGCGGACUAUUAAGUAAUGCUUAUUGCAGAGUGCUUGCGAGCUUAUUAAGUGAUUUUUGCAUCCUUGAGGAUGUUAAACUAUUGGGGGUUGUGAUUUGGAAUAAUGAUGCCGUUGGAAAUGAUGAUGCGGUUGGGGAUGAUGGGGGUGUUAAUGAUCUGGAUGCUUUAUCAAGAAAUGGAAGUGAAGGGAAAGCUCUCUUAACAUGGAAAGCCAGUCUUGAUAGUCAUAGCCAAUCCCAGUUGUCAUCCUGGUCGGCUUCUUCCAAUUCUUGCAGCAAUUGGCUUGGAAUUCGAUGUAACAAAGCUGGAAGAAUAUCAGUCAUUAACAUUACUAGUUCUGGCAUUAAAGGAUCAAUUCCUACCUCUAUUGGAAAUCUGACCAACCUAACCAUUCUAGGCUUAGGAACCAACAAUCUUUCAGGAAGUAUUCCUUCAGGAAUUAGAAACUUGACAAAACUCAAUCUCCUUUCUUUUGCGAUUAGCCAGCUAUCAGGUCCCUUUCCAGAAGAGAUUGGAAAACUCCAAUCACUCGUCGAACUCUCUUUUGCUGAGAACAUGCUCACCGGACCCAUUCCACGGUCUAUUGGAAACUUAGGAAACUUGACUUUGCUCUAUCUUUUCAAUAAUUAUCUAUCUGGACCUGUCCCCGAAGAGAUUGGAAAACUCAUAUUUCUAGAGACUCUUCAGCUGUAUAAUAACAAUCUCAUAGGGAAGAUUCCUGAUUCUAUUGCUAAAUUGGAAAAGCUAACUUCUUUAUCCCUUUAUGGAAACAAUGUCACAGGGCAUAUUCCUUCAGCCAUUAGAAAUUUAACAAGAUUAACUGAAUUGAUACUUUAUGAAAACAACUUACAUGGCGCUAUCCCUCCUGAAUUGGGAAAUAUGAAGACACUAGUUGUUCUUCUUCUUUUCACGAACCAACUAAGUGGUGUUCUUCCAAAUGUAUUCAGUAAUCUUACCAAUCUACAAAUGCUACAAGUAAAUGAAAACAAUCUUACUGGUCAUUUGCCCCAAAACAUUUGCAAUGGUGGCUCACUGAAGUGGUUCACAGUACAAGAUAAUAACUUUGUGGGCUCCAUUCCAAGAAGCUUGAAAAACUGUUGA